AUGGCGAUAUUUAUACCAAUAUUCUAUGGAUUAAGCAUAUUAUGCGCAGUAUUAUUUUACUACACAAAAACAAAGGUCGAAACCCCAGUAGACAACAAUUUUAAACAAUUCCAAACGACCUAUUUGGCUGUAUAUUUGUUAGCUGUUGCCGGUGAUUGGCUGCAAGGCCCACAUGUUUAUGCUUUAUACGAUAGCUAUGGGAUGACCAAGCAUCAAAUUGAGAUUUUAUUUAUUGCUGGUUUUGGGUCAUCUCUACUUUUUGGUACUAUCGUCGGGUCAUUUGCCGAUAAAUUCGGCCGUCGCAAUAAUUGCUUACUGUAUGCCGUUUUAUAUGGUGGGGCCUGUAUGACCAAACACUUUAAUAAUAUUCAUAUAUUAAUGGUUGGGCGUUUCCUCGGAGGAAUUGCUACCAGUAUUCUCUAUUCUGCUUUUGAGAGUUGGUUGGUUUAUGAGCAUAAUAAGCGUGGCUACUCUGAUGAUCUUCUGGGUACGAUAUUCUCAAACGCAGCUCUGGGAAACUCGGUAGUCGCUAUUCUUUCCGGAAUUGCUGCUCAAAUUGUGGCUGACAUUUUUGGAUACGUUGCCCCCUUCGACUUCUCAUUCCUCGUCCUCUGCGCCAUGUUCUUCCUCAUCUACACCACCUGGGGAGAGAACUACGGUAAUGAGACGGCUACCGUACAACACUCAUUCCAAGAAGCGGCGAAUACGAUUAAGAACGAUGUAAAAGUCCUCUGCCUCGGACUUGUGCAAUCCCUCUUCGAAGGAGCCAUGUAUACCUUUGUCUUGGAGUGGACUCCAGCCCUCUCCCAAGCCUCUGAAGAUACCUCAAUUCCGCAUGGCUACAUCUUUGCCGCCUUUAUGGUUGCUACCAUGAUGGGAUCUUCUGUUUUCAAGAUUAUCUCAAAGAAGGAGAGACCGGAAGCUUUUAUGAGGUACGUCCUCGUGGUUGCAGCUGGUUGCUUGGCGGUCCCAAUUAUUCUCCCUACCUCUGCGAUUGCCAUUUUUAUGGCAUUUAUUAUUUUUGAGGGCUGCGUCGGGAUUUUCUGGCCGGCCAUGGGGUAUCUGCGCGGAGUCUACGUGCCUGAAGAAACUCGCUCGACAACGAUCAAUCUCUUCAGGAUCCCUUUGAACUUGAUUGUUGUAUUUAUUCUUUUACAGAACUUCUCCAUGCUGGCAAUCUUCCAUUUCUGCGUAUUCUUCCUGCUGCUCGCUGCCUGUGCUCAACACGUCCUAUACAAACACAGCGUACUCGAAGAAACGAAACUGCCGGUGAAAAAUCAAGACGCUACCAUGCUG